AUGUCGGAUAAGGAGUCCCGUUAUGUAAUGAUCUAUUUUGAGUACUGUAAUCAGUAUGACAUAAUCGAAUUGCCGAUGGCCGUUGCCAAGACUUAUCGAAAAGGCGCUGGUAUAUGUAUAGAGUAUAGUAAAGAAGAAGGUGGAUGGGCUACGGGUAAAAUUCUCCAAAUCGGAACUAAAGAUCAAGUUGAAAACGGAGUACUUAGCAGUUUGACAAACGAAGCUGCACGAAAAAAAUACUUGCAGAAGGCCGCUGGAUCAUUUGUAGAGCUGGCAGAAUAG